AUGGGUUGUUUAGUCUUAAAAGAACACUUUUUAUAGUUUUUUGAAGGUAAAGUUUCAUAAAUAGAGUAUGAAUUCGCAAGCGAGCAUACAGAACAAACAUCUUAAAGAAAUGUAGUUUAUUUUAUUUUUGACUUGAAUAGUUUGAUUGAGGAUGACGAAUAAAACGAUUCAAAAACUAAUUUCAUAGCAGGUGUUAUUUAUGAUGAAUAAAAAGAUAUAGCUGAGAAGUUAAAAAAUUAUAUUUAAAACUGUUUAACUGACAAUAUUUAUUUGAAAAAUAAGCAAUAUUUAGAAGGAUUUUCAAAUAUAAUAUAAGGCAUUUAUUCCUUUUUAGAUUCUAUUGAAUCAUUGAAAUCUUCUUUUUCAUAAUACUAAAAAUAUAAUGGAGACAAAUAAAUUUAUUUAGGUGUAAUUAAUCUUGUUAUGUUCAUAGAAGACUAAGUAUUUAUGAGCAAAUCUGGGUCUAAAUAGGAUAUAUAUUAAAAUAAAUGGUGCAUUAAGCUUUAAAAUAGCAUGGACAUUAAUCAUAAUGAAAUUUAUAAUGAAGUAGAUGAUUUUAAGGAUGUAAGACGUUAUGACAAUUACGUUUAUCAGCUAAAAGAAAGUUCAAAAAAGAUAAAAGAGAUUAUUUUAAGUAGUAAUUAAUGCUCUAAUGAUUAAAUUACUGAAAAUGUGCGUACUAAAUACCCAAAACAUACUAUAAAGUUUAAUGGUAGGACCAUGUAUUUUCUAAAAUUAAAGUUUUGA